CAAAGGCAGACCGGUUCAAGCGAGGAGUCGGAGCCCAUGGCUAGCACGUGAGCACGCUCACCAGAAGUGGAGAAUGGAGAUUAAACAAAAGUUCAGAGCCACAGGGAAAUAAAUAUGGUUUUGGCGUCCGUCUCUCUCUGACCAUGUCGGGGAAGUACUACCAAGAACUUGGAGAGGGCCCUGGUAGUCUGUAGAUUCAACGUAAAAGCUCUACGGAACUGGUGCCCAGGAUAAGAAGCCCGACGAAGCAAAUCUCAGCCGUUCGUUCUCAAGUUUCCGGAGAUGGGCCAGUCAACUUCGACGGCCGCAUUCUUGAGCCGUCGUGAAUUCGGCAACGGCUACCGAGCCAAGGGCAAAUCAACGGCUCUGAUCUCUCCAAUGCUUACCGAUGAAUCAAGCGAUUUCGAUGUCUCCGAUACAGCACCCGAUUACAUCUCCGAGCUACCCGACGAGUGUUUGGCCUGCAUUUUCCAGUCACUUAGUUCCGGAGACCGGAAACGCUGCUCUCUGGUGUGUAAGCGAUGGUUGAUGAUCGAGGGGCAAAGUCGUCAUCGUCUUUCUCUCAACGCUCAAGCAGAUCUACUCCCUCUGAUUCCUUCUCUAUUCUCUCGAUUCGAUGCCGUUACGAAGCUAGCUCUCAGGUGUGAGCGCAGAUCCGUCAGCAUCGGAGAUGACACGCUGAUUCUCAUAUCUUACAAAUGCCGGAAUCUCAUGCGUCUUAAGCUACGCGCCUGCCGCGAACUCACAGAUAUAGGAAUGGAGGCCUUCGCGAAAAACUGCAAGAGUUUGAAGAAACUUUCUUGUGGAUCUUGCACCUUCGGAGCCAAGGGCAUGAACGCAAUCCUUAAUAACUGCGCUUCGCUGGAAGAAUUAUCGGUGAAGAGGCUCCGUGGUAUCACGGAUGGAGCUGCGGCCGAGCCUAUUGGGCCUGGUGUAGCCGCAUCUUCUCUCAAGACGAUUUGCUUAAAGGAGCUUUAUAAUGGACAGUGUUUUGGGCCUCUUAUAAUGGGGGCAAAGAAUCUCAGGACUCUGAAGCUUUUUCGAUGCUCUGGUGAUUGGGACAAGCUUCUUGAAGUUAUUGCGUAUGGAACCUCAUGUUUAGUUGAGAUCCAUCUCGAGAGGCUCCAGGUCAGCGAUGUUGGCCUUGCUGCUAUCUCUAAUUUUUCAAAUCUGGAGAUCUUGCACCUUGUCAAAACCCCAGAGUGCACCAAUUUAGGGCUUGUUUCAGUCGCAGAGCGUUGCAAACUAUUAAGGAAGCUUCACAUUGAUGGAUGGAAGGCGAACAGGAUAGGUGACGAGGGUUUAAUUGCUGUGGCCAAGUUUUGCCCUAAUUUGCAAGAAUUGGUUCUUAUUGCAGUCAAUCCCACAAAACUGAGCUUGGAAAUGCUGGCAUCCAAUUGCCAGAAUCUAGAGCGAUUAGCCUUGUGUGGAAGUGAUACUGUUGGUGAUGCGGAGAUUUCGUGCAUUGCUGCAAAAUGUAUUGCAUUGAAAAAGCUUUGCAUCAAGAGUUGCCCUGUUUCGGAUGAAGGAAUGGAAGCACUUGCAAGUGGAUGCCCAAAUUUGGUGAAAGUAAAGGUCAAGAAGUGUAGAGCAGUGACUUGUGAUGGUGCAGAUUGGUUGAGAGCGAGUAGGGGGACACUUGCUGUUAAUUUGGACACUGGUGAACCUGAACCUCUGGACGCAAGUGCUAGUGAUGGAGGGGCACAAGAAAAUGGUGUCGAGUUUCCUUCCAUAGUUGUGGCUGCGCCUAAUAUUGCAUCUAGCAGCACUGGAAGAUCUGCCUCAUUUAAAUCAAGGUUUGCUUGCACUUUGAGGAGGUUGUCAGGUGGUAACAGCAGUUCUUGAAACAUUUCCUAAAGGCAUCUAGAACAAAAUUUACCAAACAGAGCGAAGUGCACUUUUGGUCUGCUCUGUUUACAUUAUUUUGCAUUUUAUUAUCUUAUUCCAUCUUACUUUUGUACUUAAUUUUACAUUGUGUGCUGUUUAUUGCAUCUUGUGUUGUUUUUCAGCGUGAAAAGUGUUGCUAGUAACUUGAAUUUGUGUUCAUUUGUUUAGUAAAAUUUUAUUUACUGUUUGAAAGAGUGAUAGAUCGCCUCUUUUA